AUGAACGCGCGGCCGCACAAGCAAUCCAUGUCUGAGCUCAAGCUCCGUAGACUGGCAGAGCACAAUCAAAGGCUGAAAGAGGAUCUGGCAAGGCCCAGAGUUAGAGUAAGCGAGGCUAGUUCAAGCUUAAUCCGAUACUGCAAAACAACCAAGGACCAUCUUGUGCCGUCUGUGUGGGGACCAGUUGGCAAGGGCGAAGAUCCAUACGCGCCUCCAGCACAGGGUUGCAAUUGCAUCAUAAUGUGA